AGAGCCGGAAUCCUGAACCCAUCACCUUUUGGUAAGAUACCGAACGUCCUCUCAACAAAAGAACCAUGAAGCUGAUCGCUGCCCUCUUGAUCUGCCUGCCUGCCCUGGUAUUCUGCCAGCUGGACAUCAACCAAAUCGAGCAGGACAUCUUCAACGCUCUGGACGCCAACAAGAACGGCAUCCUCCUGAGAGGUGAAAUCGAUAUCUUCUUCCAGCAACACGACGCUGACCACACCGGAACCAUCUCCCUCAACGAGUACACCGAGGCCAUCCACGCCAACUUCGGCCAAGACCCCGCCCUCGCUGGUGCCUACAACAACCUCUUCAAGGUUCUCGAUGUGGACAACGACAGCAUUGUUGACCAUCACGAUCUUGACCAGAUCUUCCUCCGUGCUGACGGCAACAAGGACUCCCAGGUCACUGCUGCUGAGUUCAAGACCUACUUCAACUCCAUCAUCUGGCAAGUCAUCCUUGGAUGAACGAAG